UUAGUUAAAAGAAAAAUUUGAAAUCGAAAAUAUGUAAACUGAAAGCAAAAGUCACAUUUUUAGAGUGAACUUUGAAAAAGAAAGAGUUGGAUUUAAAAUUUUCAGAUUCAGAUCUUUUAAAUUAAUGUACAAAAAAAAAUUCUUCAGGUUCGGAUUUUUCUCUCAGCUUCAAUUUUUUUUUUUCACUUUCAGAUCUCUAUUUUUCAGUUACAGACUUUUGGCCCUGUUUUGACCUGGUGGGCGUGGCUACACAGAGAGGGGCGGGGAAUCAUGAGUGACAGCAGACCGCUGCAGGCUCAAGAUGGUCCAUUUUUCAUGUUGCCUUCAGGAAACCUGGGAAUGAACAUAAUUUAUCAAACACCUCCUGCACAGUAUUAUUUGAUAAUGUUUAGAAAACAUGUCAUGCAUAACUGCUAAAACUCAGUUACUAAAGCUCUUUCAAGCAGUAAUGUGUACAAAUUACGCCGUAACUGAUCAAUUAUGAGACGUUUUCCCAGCCACUACGUGAGAAGUGGUCAUUUCCCAUGCUCUCAAAGUAGCGCGCAUUGUAUCGGGUGGGGGCUGCUGUUAACUUGUCCCUCAGUGAACGAUGGCGUCGUCUUCCAACAACACUGCUGGCGCGAACAAUCAGGAGCAGCUAAAAAGAGAGAUGCUUCAGCGACUACUGCACAAAGUUUCCCAGGUCAUGCACAGACAACCCCUCGAUGUGGACUAUUUGCAGUUUGUUAUCGACCAUGAGAUGGUCCUUUUAAGAUCUUUGUCUGAUCAGGUUGAGAUCCCUCAAAGUAUUAUAAAUGCUCUGAUAGAGCUGUCAACUGUGCUCAGUAUGGAGGACGUCAAUCAACAAACCCCCUCUCAGAUGUCAGUGUCAGAAGGAAAGCUGGACCUGGUUAACUUCAUUCAGGACUUGCUUUAUGAGUCAGAAGAAGGUCAAGAACAUGUAGCUGACGAAGAUGGCCCAAGAUCUAUCACACCUCCCAGGUUUCUGCAAUGGAUCACCGGUCAAGGCCAUGUUCCUCUCCUCCCCUCAGAAAAGAAGGACUUUGCUGUGGUGGUAAAAUUUAAUCACAAUUGUGAAGCUGACUUUGGAAAUCACAGCAUCUGCUAUCCUGUUGUGUCAUCCUGUGCUAAGACCAUUGUCCUGCCUGUGAAACAUAUGAAGUCCUAUAGUCAAUUCAGAAUGGUUCUGCUGGAGGCUUUUCAUCUUGGCCAGGAAUUUAACAACGUGUAAAGCAUAGCAUUGUCUAUCAAUAGUUUUGAGGUGUAACUCAAAAUGCUGCUCCUUCCAUUUAAUGUUCAGGAAGCACAUUUCAAAGUUGGAGAUUGACAGCCAGAGUUCUUUAAUGAGUGGCAUGAAGCACACAAAAACAUACAGGUUUACUGUUGAAAACUGUGCCAGAGACAAAAUAAAUAGUUUGUAAUGUGAUGUUUGAGUGUUCACAUAAAAAUUUCCUGGCAGGUUCAUUUUACAUGUCUAUCACAUCAAAUAAAAGUCUGAGCUAUUCA